AUGAAGGCUCGCCAAAUUGCCCGCAGUAGAAUCCGAGAGCAGGAGCUUAAUCCAGUGUUUCACUUUCAAGACAAGCAGGAAGACAAUCAGAUACUUACACGCGCCAGAAUAAAACAGGCGCUGAAAAGUGGUGUAUUGAAUCUGUCCGGCAAAGGAUUGGCGACAGUGCCCGAAAAAGUGUGGAAUCUUAGCGAUUCGGAUGAAAAUGAGAAGGAAGUACGGUACGAUCUGGAUCGGUCGAAUGAGGAGGAAAGCUGGUGGAACCAAAAGUCACUUACAACGCUGGAUCUAAGCUCCAACACGCUCACCACGAUCAGCGACAACAUACAGAAUCUGGCCGAUCUUACCGUGUUGAAUCUUCAAGAUAAUGCAUUAACAAGCUUACCGAACAGCAUCGGGACGUUAACCAAGCUAACGAAGCUCAGCGUCAGCCGCAACAAGCUGACCGAGCUGCCGGAAAGCUUCUUCCAGCUGAAGGAGCUGCAACAUCUGAACCUUUCGCACAAUGAGUUUCCCGAGAUGAAUCCCAACAUAAGCGAUCUAAUCAUGCUUGAAACAUUGGAUGUUUCCUUCAAUAGCAUUAACGGUUUGCCGGGUGGCGUUGGGUUCCUAGUAAGGAUGCAACAAUUAACGCUGAAUAAUAAUCACCUAACGGAACUACCGAACGAUAUUGUCAAUUUACGCAAACUCCAAAAGCUUGAUCUUGCCAAGAACGAUCUGAAGAAGCUGCCUCCCGUAAUGGGUGAACUGCGCCGACUGGAAUGUUUGUACGUGCAGCAUAACGACAUCGACGAGUUGCCCGAUUUUACCGGCUGCGAAGCACUGAAAGAGUUGCACAUAUCGAACAAUUUCAUUAAAACCUUGCCGGCAGAUUUUUGCGAAAAUCUCCCCCAGCUGAAAGUGCUCGAUUUGCGCGACAACAAGAUCGAACGGUUGCCGGACGAGAUUGCGCUGCUUGCCAGCUUGACGCGAUUAGAUUUAUCGAACAAUACGAUCAGCAGUUUGCCCUCGUGUCUAUCCACGUUGGCUCAUCUCGUUAGCCUGCAGGUGGAAGGCAACCCUAUCCGUUCGAUUCGGCGCGACGUAAUCCAGUGUGGUACGCAGCGCAUUCUGAAGACAUUGCGCGAGAGGGAUGGAACGAAAGGAAAGGUGGAAGCGAAACCGGGAACGACCGUGGUGAAAAAUACCCUAUUCUCCGAGGGCAGCACCUUUCCAGAUGUGUACCAGAUGCGCAAGGGUCGUGCGCUGAUCGUAUGCUCGAAGGGAUUGAUCGACAUUCCGGAGGCGGUGUUUCUUGAUGCGCUCGAAGCUUGCGUGUACAAUGUGGAUAUAAGCAAGAACAAGCUAACAUCUGUACCGUCUGGCAUUACGCAUUUAUCGUCUCUGCUAACUGAGCUGAACGUUAGCUUCAACUUACUUCAGACCGUACCGGCCUUCUUUUCGCAAUUCGAAAAGAUCAGCUAUCUGAAUCUGUCGAACAACCAGAUGCCCGAUUUGCCGGAAGUGGUUGGACUGCUUGUGACGCUGCGCGAACUUAACGUCGUCAGCAACCAGCUCAAACGCAUACCGGACUGCGUGUACGAGCUGAGAGGGUUGGAAAUCUUUCUUGCCAAUGGUAAUCAAAUCGAGGAAAUAGACGCGUCCGAGAACGGGCUCGGAGCGCUCAAGCGGUUAGCCACACUGGAUUUGGCCAACAACAACAUCAAGCACGUACCGCCAAUUCUGGGCACGUUGAAGAACAUCACCACGCUGGAACUGAUCGGGAACAGUUUCCGCCAGCCACGGCAUCAGAUUUUGGAAAAGGGAACGGAAUCGAUCAUGUCCUACCUCAGGGAUCGUAUCCCUCAGUGA